AUGCCUCCGAAAUUUGACAAAUCCCAACUUGAAGCUUGUUUUCAGUUCAGUGGUGAUAAAACACAGAUUUAUUGUACCGUAUGCUCACCAAAAAACAUCAGCCUUACUCGCAAAUAUUUUGCAGUCAAGAGCCACAAGGACCAUAUGCAAAGUAAGGGCCAUGCUUCUGCCUUAAAACAACUUGAGUCGGCUCGUCUACUAGAGAAAAACCGGCGACAUCAGCAAGAGGAAGAUCUUCAGAAAGAAAGGGAAAUGGCGCCUGCGACACUGGCCAGCUUACCAAAUGACCGUCCAAUUCCAACAUCCUCUGCUUCACAAAACCUUCCACUCUCAUCCAAAGACUUCUGGGUCAAUGCUGAUUAUGAUUUGGGGCCAAAUCCUGACGUUGAGGAACAAGAGAGACAGAAAAUUUUUGAGUGGGAUAUGGAUGAUCUGGAGAAUUGGGGAGAUGAAAGGCUGGGAGAGGCGGUUGGUUUAGAUGACAAAACCACUACAGAAGAAGGGUAUCGACAUGCUGCUGAACAGGAGGAAGAAGAAAUGUUGGUGGAGAUGAUGGCAAACGCAGGCAAGUAG